GCAGUGGGAAUGCUUGGCGGUCCGCCCCGCUGACCUGGUACAGGGAGCUUGAAGAUGUGUAAGUAGAUCUCGUGAGAUAAAAGUUUGCUUCCCCUCUUUUUGUUGGAUGUUGGAUUAUUUGUCUUGUAACAUCUUUGGAUCAAAAUGGCCCCUAUUGCUCAGGCUGUGACUGUCUCCCUACAGGAGCUAAAGGACGGAACGGUGUCGUUUGAGAAGCUCCAGCAAGCAUUCGGCCCGGAUUCUCUGGGUAUCUUGGUUGUCAAAGAUGUACCACCCGAGUUUGCGAGUCUGAGGCAUCAUGCCCUCUCCUAUUCGUCUUACCUUGGAAACCUCUCCAAGUCUGAGCUGGAUAAACUCGAGAAUGAAAAGGCCAAGUACCUUACCGGAUGGUCCCUUGGAAAGGAAACCCUCAAGAACGGCCAGGUCGACACAUUAAAGGGCUCUUUCUAUGCCAACUGUGCUUUCUAUGUUGACCCAAAGCUGUCUUGCGCAGCGCCCACCGAGGAGUUCAACACUGACAACUUCCCUGAAUAUCUCUCGCCCAACAUCUGGCCGGAUGAUGCGACGCUACCCGGCUUCAAAAACUCUGUCGAGGAUCUUUGCCGUCUGAUCAUUGACGUUGCCGUUUUGGUGGCUAGAGCGUGCGAUAGGUUCGCCGAGAAGGAAAUUGCCGGUUAUCCCAACGGUUACUUGGAAAAGGUUGUGAGCACUUCGACCACGACAAAGGCUCGCCUGUUACACUACUUCCCCGAGGACCCCGCCAACGCGCCUCCUGCGCCGAUAAAGGCGAGCGAAAUCGCGAAUGGCGAGGGCAGCGACGAGGAUGACUGGUGUGCUACCCAUCUGGACCACGGCUGUUUGACCGGUUUGACUUCGGCCAUGUUUGUCGAUGAAGCCAAGACGCCAGCGGUCGCACCGGCUUUUGAACAAACUUUGGCCGACAGCAAGCCGCUGAAGUUGGCACCUCUUCCCGAACUUGAUGCGUCCCCUGACCCGGCAUCUGGUUUGUACAUCAAGUCUCGUACUGGGCAAACGGUCCAGGUCAAGAUUCCCCGCGACUGUAUUGCUUUCCAGACGGGCGAGGCAUUGGAGAGGAUUACUGAGGGCAAGUUCAAGGCUGUGCCGCAUUUUGUACGGGGAGCUCGUGCUUCCAUGAGCGAUGGCCGGAUUGCGCGCAACACGCUUGCCGUUUUUACCCAGCCGAACCUGGGUGAGGAGGUUGACAUGGAGCAGCAUAUUACCUUUGGAGAGUUUGCGAGAGGAAUCGUGGCCAAGAACACUGUUUCUUAGAUGGUAGCAAAUGAGACGUUCUGUACGGUGAACCAUCAAUAUCGACAUGGUGUUGUCUGUGGAGGCUGAGAUGCCGAGGCGUUAAGAUGCCGGAACCCCUGCUUUGUCGAUCUUGGCAUGCCGGCUUGGCAGGCCUUCUAGCGCGAUUUCAUGCAGCUUUUGUCCGCCGGGAGCUCCCUGUCUCAAGUUCACCAUCAACGGACGGCGGGAAGCUCCGGGACUUCCAAAAUUGCCGCUUCCAGGUCGAGGGCUGAAGGUUGCGCCGGGCCGAUAUCUCGUCGGUUAUCCAUUCCUUUUUCCUUCUUGAACCUCUGCUUCUUCAACGGCCUUCUCUGUCCGCUCAGUUGACUGGAAAGACGACCAGCAGUGUCUUACUCGGCUUCCUACUUACCCCUUCAACUCAACUGUCUGGCCUCUUCUCUCUAAGAGCUUGAACGAAGAAAGCUCCGAGGCAUCCGAGCAACAUCAC